AUGUCUCCCCCGCCAGACAGCGUCAAUCGCGCUCCUGAGCUCCUCGUCGCGCUCUGGCUGACCACCGCCGUUGCCAUCCUCAUCUUCGCUGCGCGUCUCUACGUGCGCAUCCGCAUCAUCAAGUACCGCGGCUGGGACGACUACUGGAUUGUCGCGUCAAUGAUUCUAGCAACACUGGGCAUCGCACUCGAAACAGUAGCCGUCAACUACGGCUUCGGCCGGCACGAAUCCUCCCUGUCGACCGAGCAAGUCGUCCAGGCGACCAAGUACAACAUGCUCGCCAUCCCGCCCAACUUGCUCAGCAGCGCCACGGCCAAGAUCUCCGUGUGCUUCUUCCUGCUGCACGUCAACCAGGACAAGCGCACGGGG